GACACAGUUGUGUCGUAUUGUUAACACACUUUUGGAGACAAAUAUUGUUCUCAGCAUUGCAAAAGCAUUUCACUAUAUCAUAUUACUUUUAUCCUACUAGUCUAAGCUAGCCAGCUGGCUCGUCUGUCAGAAUGCCGCCAUUCUUUUCACCCAGAAAACUGAAGGCACCUAUUCGUAUCGAUACAGAGCAGCAGGCUACCAACUCGCACUACUACACAGCUUUCAAAGUCGUCCUAAAAAUCACCGUUAUUGCUCUAGUUAUUUGCAUUGCUUUCUUGCCAACAGUAGCGCUUCGCAACAAACAGGGAUAUCCUUUUAACGAAGUUUUUGCUAAAAGUCUGGAGCAUCCUGCCAAAUUCGAUGUCUCAAAUGAACUUGAACAUCAAGUUCCUCAUGUUCCGCUUCGAUUUUUGAAGUCUGCGAAGUUGUUUGUUCAGAGAUUACGCAUUCGUGGCUCGACAUUGGAAAAGUUGACGGAUAUUUCUGCCAGUGAACAAGUCCAACGAUCUGAGGACGCUACCGAUGCUGCUACAGACGGUAUUCAAUAUGGGGAUUAUGCGCUUGGUGGCUCAAAGCACCAAGCCAAGUCCGAAAUCGAACGAUUACAACAUUGUUCUCCGGAGAUCAAAAACAGGAACGGAGUGAAAUGUAUCAGGCAAUUGACCCUUCCCAUCAGAGACGAUGACCGUGUGAUUUCAAGGCAUUGUUCUUGGCAAGAGCGACGCAAGCACGGUGGAAGAUGUAUCUCUCAUGCGUGGCAGCCCACACCUCGCUCCUUGAUCGUGGAUGUAGAUACUGCUCUUUUCCCAGUUCACACGCUCAUACCUACUUCUACUCUCACGCCCAAGGUCAUUGACAUUUGUUCCUACGAUAGUGAAAUAAAAAAUGGUGGAAAAUGUCCCAGAGAGUUAGUAAACGGUCCAAUAAAGCCAGCAGAGAACAAACCAAUUUCUAUUUUAGUCAGGCCACCACCUGUCGAUCCCAACACACAACUGCAAGCUCGGGAAGCGGCAAUAGAUGAGGAGACCAGUGUCAACUACAGACCCUAUAAGGCAGAUUUGUGUAGACAUGGUUGGGUCCGUACCACUGAUGGUUGGUGUAUUUACCGAGGUAGCUUUGAACACCAGACAACCAGACCGGAAAUCUUCAAUGAUCCACCCGCUUCUGAAAGAUCAAUAUAUUCGGGAAAACAGCGUCGCGGAGCGGUAGUAAAUGAGCCAAAUAAACUCGAACCCAGACCUUUUCGGGCUGAAUCAUGUCCAAAAUUUUGGAUUCAUACCAAUGACGGUUGGUGUUACUAUCGGGGCUCAUCAAGUAAGCCGUUGGGAGUUUGGGGACCCGAUUCAAAGAAGUCAUAUUCUAUUGCAACAUUGUCAACGAAGUAUACUGCGACUACCACUUCUACACAUACUUCUGAUCCAAACUCUAUCUCUACCGCCAUCUCCCCUACUGCCACUCUCCCUCCCCCCACGAUUGGAAAUUGUGAUCCCCCUUGGAUCCGUACUAUGGAUGGCCGGUGCUUCUUUGAUCCCAAAUACCAACGCAAGCAUCCCCAAGAUCCAUUGGCCCAGCCUCGAAAGAUCAUCCGGCAACGACGCGGUAAAGCCAUAAGUGAGGAACGUGAUGUUGCUCCCAGCUGGCAAGCUGAUUCAUGUGAGCCGCCAUGGAUUCUCACUGAUGAUCAUUGGUGUAUAUAUAGGCCAGGAUACAAGCACGGGACGCAGGCCUCUUUGCCUAAGAAUACAGAACAAUCCAGUGCCACGGGUCAAUCCAAUGCUACGAAUCAAUCCAAUGACAUACCACAAGCAAGCGCUACGGAACAACCGGAUGUAACGGAUCAAUCAACUGCUGCAGCACAGCCAACCUCCAUGGAAACAGUAACUUCCAUUCGCCACUGCAUCAAUGACUUACGAGGAAAUCUUCAAUGCUUUGAAGAGACGCCUAGACCUUGGUCUAAAACUACACAAGUUUCACCAGCUCGUAAUCGUCGAGGUCUUUGGCCUGACGAUUGGGUACCACAAACACCAGACGACUGUGAACGGUUUGUUGGAAACACAUUUAAGCACUAUCAGUGUCUUCAGUCGGUCAAAAACAAAAACGUCGGACUAAAACUCAUCAUGGCUUUCCUUCUUCUUGCUGGAUUUGGUUCUCUUAUAUUCCUCAUCAUCACUUUUGUUAAUCGAGCUGCAAGUCCGAAAGCCCAACCCUUUAGACAACUAAGUGGGGUUGUCGAUGCAAAUGGUAUGACACAACAUUCAGCACGAGUGUGUAACACUUAUCCCUGGAACAACAAAGGAGAUGCUACGAAUGCAACGGAGGGGGGUCGAUGGGCUAGGGGCCCGCCUGCUUAUGAUCCCUUGAGACAAUUAACUCCAGAGCAUUCAGGUAGUUUAGUGGCCUGUACUAGAGAAAGUAAUUGCGCAAGUGGCAGUUCGGAUUCAACUCAAAAUUGGAUUAGAAAAUUGUGUAACCGAUGUUUUAAGACUCGAACUAAUUCGUCACUCUCGGAUAAAGAAGCACAGAUUGGAAGCGUGGGGAAUGGGUUUGUAGCUCCGAGGAUUCAUGGGAUGAGAAGCACUAGUCAUAGGAUUGAUACGCUGAGAUUGCCGAGUGCAAAGUUGGCGACGGUGAGGAGGGCAAGUGGGUUGCCGAGUGAGGAGAAUGGGGAUUUGGUGGUAAAUGGAAGUACGGAGACGGUGGUCAUUGGAAGUGUGGGGAAAGGGUCGGGGAGUGCGGUGGGUAUGAGGGGUUCUGAUAGUGGUUCUGCUGUGGUUGCGGGUUCUUUGAUGAAAUUGGAGAAUCUUAGUGGUGAUACGCUUGUAGAGUCGAGACCGGCGAUGUUGGAAUGUGGCGAUGGGAAGGAUGGGAAAGAUUUUGGGGCUGUGAAGAUGGAAUGCUUGAAGACGGGAGAUGGGAAUGCGAAGAAGGUGGGGUUUGGGGAGGAAGAGGAAUUUGAAGAGGUGAGGGGUUGGAAGGAUGUUGAGAGGGUGGAACCGCUGAGAGUUGAGAAGAUUGAUAAGGAGAAUGCGUAUGCGAAUGUGAAUGUGAAGAGGAUGGGAGAGGGAAUGGGUGAUGAGGUGGAGAUGGUUUUGAUGACGGUUGUAGAAGAGGAGAUUGAUGAGGAUGAGAGAAGAGGCGAAUUGGAGAGAAAGCCAAGUAUUGUUUGUGUAAGUGGUUGUUAGGUGUGGGCGUGGAUGUGAGAGAGUGAAUUAGUAUUCUUUGAAAAAAUAUGGAUGGAAAUGGAGAUGGGAAUUGUGAUAUGGAUCAGUCGUUAUUGGGAAUUGGUUGCCGAGAGUGGUUAUGAUUUUCUUUUUCGUUUCUGGUGGAUUGUACCAUUAUUGAUAAGCCGAAACGAAGAAGAAGAAAGUUUGGAGAUAGGGUGAGGCAAUCAAUGGCGGAGUAUGCGUUAUUUGCCUGUCUCGAGCUGGAAGAUUGUUGGGAAGUGGUUCCUAUAGGAAGUGGUUUCUGUAUUCUCUUCUCUUCUCGUCUUGUUUUGUUUUGUUGCUUUUUUUGCCAGUCGUUCGUUUAGAUAGAUUUGCAGUGUUAAAAUGCUGGAUGCUAAUUGCUAAAUGCUAGAACCUAGAUACUAGCUAGAGAGUUUGGAAUUGAAAUUCAUUUCUACUCGCUCA